UCCAAGGAGUACCUCUGUUCAUUUUUUACAGCUCCCCGCUUCUCCAUGGCAACAUAGCUUAGUGUUCCCUGCAGAGCAGAGAAUCCGUUUUAUUUCCCGUGUCUUUCCCCCCUUCCUUCCCUUCUUCCCUUCCCCUCCCCUCCCCUCCCUUCCCCAUCCCUUCUCUUCAACUGGGCUUUCCUGUCCACGGACAUGGAUGUUUUGCUGGGCUUUGUCUGUCACCAGAGUGUGCAGUGAUGAGACCGGUGGCCACAGCAGUUCAGCAAGGCUUCUUAGUGAAGGAUGGCAGAACGAGGGAACGCUUUGGGAGCCAGGGUGAAAAAGAAACGCGAUCAAACACCGCUCUCAGGUUUUUUCCAAAAGAAAAAGAGCCGAGAAGAGACAUGUGGUGAAGGCAGUGGUGUAGAGAUUUUGGAAAACAGACCAUAUACAGAUGGUCCUGGUGGCAAUGGGCAGUAUACCCACAAAGUAUACCAUAUUGGUAUGCAUAUCCCCAGUUGGUUUCGGUCUAUACUGCCAAAGGCAGCUUUAAGAGUUGAGGAGGAGUCAUGGAAUGCGUAUCCUUAUACAAGGACAAGGUAUACGUGCCCAUUUGUGGAGAAAUUCUCUAUUGAUAUUGAAACCUAUUACAUAUCUGACUCAGGAGAGCAAGCCAACGUCUUCAACCUUUCCCCUGCAGAGAAAAGGCAGACCAUUCUUGAUCCCAUUGAUAUUGUUAAAGAUCCCAUCCCUCCACACGAAUACAAAUCAGAAGAAGAUCCAAAGCUAUAUAAAUCAGUGAAGACCACAAGGGGUCCUCUGUCAGAAGACUGGAUCAAAGAGCACAAGAACAACCCUGGGAGAUACCCUAUGAUGUGUGCAUACAAGCUGUGCAAGGUGGAAUUCAGAUAUUGGGGGAUGCAGUCUAAGAUUGAGCGCUUCAUUCAUGAUGUUGGCUUGCGGAAGGUGAUGGUUCGGGCCCACAGGCAAGCUUGGUGCUGGCAGGAUGAAUGGUACGGGCUUACCAUUGAGGACAUCCGGCAGCUGGAAAAGGAGGCACAACUGAUGCUGGCACAGAAGAUGGCCCAGUUCAGCUGCAAUGAGAGCGAGCUGGAGCAGCACCUUCCCAAAGACCCCCUGGAUGAGAAUGAUACGGAAACAAAGGCCAUAUCUCCAUCCACCGAGGCGGUGGACACUGCUAGCAAUAUCGGUGAAGCCUUGCCAGGGAGAGUGCUGACCAAGCAGUGGUCGACGUCUUCCAAGUCCUCUUCAAAAAGAGGAGCAAGCCCCUCGCGCCAUAGCAUAUCGGAGUGGAGAAUGCAGAGCAUUGCAAGAGAUUCAGACGAGAGCUCCGACGACGAAUUCUUUGAUGCACACGAGGACUUGUCUGAGAAUGAAGAGGUGUUCCCAAAAGAAAUUACCAAAUGGAGUUCAAAUGAUCUCAUGGAUAAGAUCGAAACCCCAGAAUCUGAAGAAGUACCAGACGAUCCAUGUCUUGAAUCAGCAGCAGAGUACCAUGUUGGAUCCAGUGUGGAAAGGCUAAGCAUCAUUGAGGAUGAGGUUGUGCCUCCACUAGUGCAGCCAAGCAAGAUCCAUGUCCUGCUCUUGGUGCUGCAUGGAGGCAACAUUUUGGAUACAGGAAGUGGUGACCAGAGCUCUAAGCAAGGGGACGUCAACACCAUAGCCACCGCCUUUGACACUGUCAUUAGGGUCCAUUACCCAGCGGCCCUUGGGCGCAUAGCCAUCAGAUUGGUCCCUUGCCCAGCCAUCUGCUCUGAAGCAUUUUCACUUGUCUCUAACCUCAGUCCUUACAGUUACGAUGAAGGCUGCCUUUCCAAUAGCCAGGAUCACAUUCCACUCGCAGCACUUCCUCUGCUGGCCACAUCGUCCCCACAGUACCAGGAGGCAGUUGCCACGGUGAUCCUGAGAGCCAAUCAGGUCUACAGCGAGUUCCUCAAAUCCCAGGAAGGAGCCUCAUUCAGCGGCCAGGUGUGUUUGGUUGGGGACUGCGUAGGAGGGAUCCUGGCCUUUGACGCUCUGUGCUACAGCAACCAAACCAUGUCAGAGAGUCAGAACAGUAGCCGGCGUGGGAGCGUUGUAAGUGUGCAGGACACUGACCUCUUGUCUCCUGGAAUCAUUGUGAACAACAGCUACUGCUCAGGGGGCUCCAGCCUGGAAGCCAGCCGCCACCUCAGCCGGAGCAACAUUGACAUCCCUCGCAGCAACGGGGAGGAGUCCAGGAAGCAGCUGCCGCGGAAGAGGAGCGACUCGUCGACUUACGAAGUGGACACCAUCAAGCAGCACCAGGCCUUCCUCUCCAGAAAUAGUUUACAUUCUAGCGCUCUAAAAAACUCUGCGGGAUCAAGGACAUCAAGCAGUUCCACUGUGCUGGAUGGAGGAAAUCUUGGGAAAUUUGAGUUUGAGAUCACAGACUUCUUCCUGUUUGGGUCUCCUUUGGGGCUGGUCCUCGCAUUGCGAAAAACCGUCAUUCCAACUCUUGACAUCUUUCAGUUGAGACCAGCCUGUCAGCAAGUCUAUAACCUGUUCCACCCUGCAGACCCGUCGGCCUCACGCUUGGAACCUCUUCUGGAAAAGAAGUUCCACAUUUUACCACCCUUUAAUGUCCCACGCUACCAGAGGUUUCCUCUCGGGGAUGGCAAUUCAGCCCUCCUGGUUGAAACAGUCCAGAGCAACCCUGUCCUCCUCGUAGAAAGCAGCCCACUGGUUGCUCUCCAGAACCACGACAGCUUCAUGGAAACCAGUAUCCCUGUUCCCAUCCUGAAUUGGCAAGAUAUUUCCAGUAAAAAUUCUGGAUUUGCUGAGUCGGAUGUUGUUCAGUCUCAUGGUGGCAUCUUCAUGGAAAGUGCAUCCCCUUCGGCUCCCAUUUCAGCCCCCCAGUUCAGGGGCUUCCGGAGAGCCAGCGAGGCCAGCAUUGCCAGCCAGGUCUCGGGAAUGGCAGACAGUUACACUGCUUCCAACAUAGCCAACAAAAACAAACACCAUCUCACCCAUUCCAGGGGGUUUAGCCUUCUAGCCCUGCUUGCCCUCCCACACAAGGCCCCCACCCACCCCUCGCCCAAAAGGCAUAGGGCACCUAAACCUGAAAUUUCCCAGAACCCCUUAGGAAGAAGGGUUGGGAGCUCCUCCCAUUGGGAAGUGGAUGCCAUUCUACAGAUCCCGGACCUGGACAUCGACAAAGUUGCUGCCAAAUGGUGGGGAACGAAAAGAAUAGACUAUGCUCUCUAUUGCCCCGAUGCCCUCACCGCCUUCCCUACGGUGGCCUUACCGCACCUCUUCCAUGCAAGCUACUGGGAGUCAACAGAUGUGGUUUCCUUCCUCCUCCGGCAGGUGAUGAGGCAUGAGAACGCCAGCAUCCUGGAGCUGGAUGGGAAGGAGGUCUCUGUCUUUACUCCUUCUAAGCCCAGGGAGAAGUGGCUUCGCAAGAGGACCCACGUGAAGCUAAGGAACGUCACAGCCAAUCACCGAAUAAAUGAUGCUAUUGCCAAUGAGGACGGACCCCAGAUGUUAACUGGAAGGUUUAUGUAUGGCCCCUUGGACAUGGUCACACUCACAGGAGAAAAGGUGGAUAUUCAUAUCAUGACACAACCCCCAUCAGGAGAAUGGGCUUACUUUGACACAGAGGUCACCAACAGCAGUGGUAGGAUUUCCUACGUUAUCCCCGAAAACAGGCGGCUGGGCAUUGGCGUGUAUCCUGUCAAGAUGGUGGUCAGAGGCGACCACACGUACGCCGACAGCUACAUCACUGUUCUGCCCAGGGGGACUGAGUUUGUGGUCUUCAGCAUUGACGGUUCCUUUGCAGCCAGUGUUUCAAUCAUGGGCAGUGACCCCAAAGUCAGAGCUGGAGCAGUUGAUGUAGUACGGCACUGGCAAGACCUUGGCUACCUCAUUAUCUACGUCACGGGCCGGCCUGACAUGCAGAAGCAACGGGUGGUUGCCUGGUUAGCACAGCACAACUUCCCCCAUGGUAUUGUCUCGUUCUGCGAUGGUCUGGUUCACGACCCACUGCGGCACAAGGCCAACUUCCUGAAGUCCCUACUCACAGAACUCGACAUGAAGAUCCAUGCGGCCUAUGGAUCCACCAAGGAUGUCUCGGUCUACACCUCCAUCAGCCUGCCGCCUAUGCAGAUCUACAUUGUUGGGCGGCCAACCAAGAAGUUACAGAACCAUUGUCAGUUCAUUACCGAGGGAUACGCAGCCCACCUGGCCCAGCUGGAAUACACCCAUCGCUCCCGCCCUGCCAAAAACACCACCCGGAUGGCUCUCCGGAAAGGCAGCUUUGGCCUCCCGGGCCAAACGGAAUUCCUGCGCAAGAGGAACCACUUGCUGCGCACCAUCUCCUCUCAGCCAGCCACGGCAGCCAGCGGAAGCAGUGGCUACAGGCCGGAGCGAACCCAGAGUCAGUCAGAGAGUGACCGGGAGAGGGAGAGGGAGCGCAGCCAGAGGAGCAUGAGCCUUGCCACAGGGUGCUGGGGCCGGAGCACAGCCUCCAGACUGGAGCCGGGGGGCCUGGGGCAGAAGUAGAGCAGCCGGACGGCAGCAGCAGGAGGCAAUCGUGCAUGGCAGCAGCAGCAGCGGAGGUGAAACAACCGAGGCCUGUGGUGUGGGGUAGUGGGGCAAACAUGGUGCUACUCAUUGCCAGAGAGGCGGUCAUAACUUUAUGAGGCGAUAACAGACUGGUUUCCCCCCUCCAUGCAAAACAUACAGGCCACGGUGAUGGGGGCACUGGGUUUUUGCAGAGCACUGUGCAAAGAGGAACAAGAAAACUGCCUUUUCAAGCAGAGGGGCAUCAGGAAGGGGAAGAUGAAUACUUUGGCAGCUUCUGGGUGCAGCUUUUUCCUGCCCCCCCCUUUCUUACCCAGGUUUGGUGAUUGUAAAUAUGUGCCUCCUCAGCUUCUUAGCCAUCAGUCAAAGAUGCAACGGAGGGCGGGAGCAUCCCAGUGCCAUGUGCGGGCAGAACUGGAGGAGUCAGGCGGGGGAGCCACGACUGUGGGCUUGUUCUGCUAUCUGAAGUGAAGGGAGCUGCAUCCUGCCACCGCUUUGAAAUAAGUUGCUCCACUUCUGGAAUCUGGAGAGACUCGGGUUGGACACAGGGAAGAGUUCAAGACAAGCAAAGGAUGCUUAGAACACACUCCUAUUCUGCUAGGAAGCAAAGUCAUGUUGACAAUGGCUAAUUCAAGGCAUCUUUGGUGCGAGAAGCAUGGGAUCUGAUUAGCAGUUUGUUUUAUUUGGAUACAAUUUCCUAUGAUUAUUUUUAAGUGAACAUCUUAAAAAAGGAGGGAAAACAAAAACCAGAUUUUGGAAACUGGUGGAUUGUACUAAUGCAGAGAAAGGAUUUUAUCUGCUGCUUUCUGCUCCUUGGUGUGUGAGGGAGGGGGCAGGAUGAAAGAAGUUGGGCAGUUACCCAGUCACUACUUUGUACUUUUGGAAAGUACCAACAGUUAGUUUCAAGCAUCUAGGAAACAAAUAGCAGAGUGCUAUUUUUGCUCAGCCUAAAAAAAGCGAAGUCCAAAUUCUUCCCCACUCCGCCCACUUUUCUUCUGCCUCAUGACCCUCUUCAGAAGGGAGUCCGUCCUUCUUUCCAACUUUUGCAAUGGCUUUCAGCGGAGGAUGUAAAUUUUGCUUUUCUUUUUAACUAUAGUUAUGCAACUGUAAAACCUCAUUGUUUUUAUUUGUUUUGCACUGAUAAUUUUUAGAAAGGAGGCCUAUUACUAUUUUAUGAAGCUACACCCUCCCUAUUUAUAGCGCAUGACAGUCAAAUGUUGCUAAGCCAGGAUGCAUCUACCCAAAUGCAAACAUGCAUACACACACAGAGGGCUUUUCCCCACCAACAAUGUCAGGAGAUUUAAAAAGAACAAGUGCAACAAAUUGAGAGGUACAAACCAAGGAAAUGCGAUUUUUAAAAGGAGAGGAUAGAGAUAUCUUAAAUUUCCCUAACUACUCUCUGUAUAGGAGUUGCAGGUUUGAUGGUUUGGAUUUGCUGCAAAGUUCUGUGAAGUACAUUUGCGAGCUCUGCCCCGAGUUCUAAAGAACGUGCUUGGUUUACAACACCUUAUAGUAGCUGUUUGAGAAUGGGGGUAAAUUGCACAAGGGAACAUAGACCUACAAGGAAGGGUCUGCAAAAUUUCCCUAGCCACCAUCACGCCACCUCACCCUGCAGAUUCAGUUUCCAGCUGCUGCAGAACACGGUUAGCCUGAGAUAAUGGACUAGUUCUCCAAGAGUUGGGGUUGCCCUUUCUUGCCUAUAGCUUCUGGCAUUUUUUAUAUUUGCACAGGUGUGCUUCUUUGUUCAGUGUUCCACUUUAUACGUAAAACAUUUCCCCCCCUAGACCAACAUCUCUUUCAUUGUUUCUUCUUUUCAAUACCAAGACUCGGCAGCACUGUGAAUUACAGCCUCUUUCCAAGCCACGAGGCUCAACAACUCACCCGGACAUGUAAAAAGCUACUUUGCUACAUGGGUUUCAACACCAAAUUUAAAAUGGUGUGCUUCAUCCAUAUGAAUGUGAUUGUCCAAAAGGGGUAAAAUCCAUUUAUUUAUCCAUGGAAACUGCUGCUCUUUUCAAAUGAAGCUUGCAACUCCCAACAUUUCUUAAAUGGUUGAUGAUGAGCCAUACUGCAAGAUUAUAAGCCUCUUAUCUCAGAUGAAGUCAACAAGAAAAUCUUGGCGAGUUUUUACUACUUUUUUUUAUAAAAAAAAACCAAGCACUAUUGACUUCCCUUUCUCCUCAGCCUAGCUCUUUGCAAAUAUACAUUUUAAAAAAUUGAGUGGGUGGGUGUUUGACAUGCAGAAUCCACAUGGAUUGCAUUAUAGCUCUUUGCUAUCAUCUGACCAUCAUCACAAAAACAGACUAGGCGGCCACAUGAUCUGGAUUUGAGUUUCAUUGAUUUGGCCUCUCCCCUGAACAGUCAAGACAUGACGUGUACAUUAUUCAAACUUUGAGACAUUCAGUGGCUCCUUUUUAGUGUAUGUGUGUGAGUGUGUGUGAGUAGAUAGUGUAAAGGAAAAAAAACAAUGUAAAAUGCCUGGAUACGGGUUGGGAGGAAGUGGGUGAUAUAUAGUAUAUAUAUUAUAUAUAUAUAUAUAUAUAUAUAUAUAUAUAUGCAGUGAAAGUAAUUUAUUUUAUGUACAAAACCUUCAGGUUUGUUAACAUUUCAAGACCUAGCUUCGCCUCCCCCUUGUUUUCAGGCAUAAUUUACAACAAACGCAUUUUAUGGACCAAGUUCAAACUGUCCAAGGAUGCUAAAAGAAAUCUUCUCAUUGCCUCUCGCCAAUCCAUAUUUGAAACAAAUGAUCCGUAAGAGGGACAGUCAUUCCUGUGUACCCCACCCCACCCCUUGGCCAGGCCUCUCCUCUCUUCCAGCCAUUCUUGUUUUGUGUGUGUAAGGGGAUGGGGUGGUUCUUCAUCCUUCUUUGCGAUUGUAAUAAUUUUGAAUUAAGUGAGUGGCGAGCAAGUGACAUUAUGGCCGGAGGCUUUUUUCAUUUUUUAAAGCUAUCCAGGGUGCCAUCAUUCUGGUCCAUGACUUAUGUAUGUAUACCCCUCGUGUGUUGUCCUUGAUGUUGAAAGCUGAACUUGCUACUCUGGCAUUAAACAAACAAUAGCAAUAGCUUCCUUAGAAAGUAGUGUGGCUCCCUCUGGAAUGAAUCUGGAGAGCAGCAUUCGCCAUCCCAGUUGGAAAUGCAAAGACUGAUUUGUGGAAUCUGAAGCCAUCUGUAUUUAAUGCUGUAGCCUCAGUGAUUGUCUUUCCUUGAGAUCAGUGCCCCAGAUCCAGUUUAUACCUUAAGGGCCAGUAAGUGUCUAUUAUGAGGCUGUGUCUCUGUGGCACUUUCUGACAGCUCAAUGGAGUGGGGAGGCAGGAAUGCCCCAGAAAGGGCAGGUCUGCUAAACUUGCUGUGGGAACCUCAGGUGUGCAGACUUGCCCCUCAAGAGUCUUCUCAGCCGGGUGAAUGAAUGAGUGGUCAGGGAGAACAGUUUCAGUACACUGCUUAUAUUAGAGCCACCUGGACGUGCCUAGGACUCAGCCAGUAUGGUGAUCAGCCUUUCCCAACCUGAGACCUUCCAGAUGUUUUUAGCUGCAAGGCCCAGCCAGCCAAGGAACAGGUAAAACUUGCACUUUUUGUCUUGGGAUCACAUAACUUCUGUUUGUUGUUGUCUUUGAAGUAUGUUUUGCAAGUAAUUUGGACUCUGAAGUGGUUUCCUCUUUUAAAAGACAGGGGAACAUAUUGGGGUGAUAUAUGAGGAAAGGAGUGGUCAAGAGAUCAGGAACUCCCCCCUUGCAAAUAUUUAGAGGAGCUUGCACCAGCAACCUGGCGUUUGGGUGGCAUUUAGAAUUCCCACGAGAUCAAGUGCUCUGUCCACAUCUCCCCCAUCCUCCUGCCAUAAGCCAAGGAACUUUGCAUAAUGCAGUGCUGUAUGGUUUACAUCAUGUAUUCACACUGCACAAUUGGAGCUGCCUUGGUACGGAACAAGAAUUUUGCUGAGUUUGGGUCUAUUUUUUAACAUAGACUUAAUUUACUCUUUUCAGAUGUUCCAUAUCAACAGACCUUGCGCUUGGGGGAAAGUUUUGCAGGGUAAUUUGGUGCUGAAGUGUUUAAACUUGGCUAAAAAUGUUUAAAGGCAUCACAUGGGACUAAACUUUCAUUUCUUUUAAGCCAAAAAAGGCAAGCUUCUCGUCCAUAUGGGCAGGGGAAAGCCUAAUGCUCUGAAAAGCCAAGGUGGGUGUGGAGUUUAAUAAAGCUUGCCUCUGCACAACCCCCAAGUUUGCCAGAGCAUGCUAAAUUUUGGAAAGCUCCUAAAAUGUUUGCAGUCUGAGAAAACAAAUGAAACAAAAGCACACACAUAGGUUCUAGGUGGCAUUCCUAUGACACAAUCCUAUACAUAAUUACCCAGACGUAAUUUCCAUUGUGUUCUGUGGCCUUGCUCCACAUUACUCCCUGUUAAGUGUGUUUAGGAUUGAAGCCUUAGAUAUUACAAAAGGGCACUGACAACACCAGCCUGCUGGAAUGAAGCAGAUCUAGAUGGCGGGGAGUCUACCUAAGAACCCCAUAAAUACCACCCAGAAUUCCAUUCAAAGAAAAUUAGGAUAUAAAUGUACAAAACAAUCAAUGGUUUGAGGCCCAACCUGUUGUAUACAUUCUUCCCAAACAAGAUAGCUUCCCUGUAAUUCGCACUGGGGCCGGAUUGUUAGCAUCUUUUGACAAGCCAACUUUAAUUUUGAUGAACGUUUUGUAUCUUAAAGCUAGCUCAAGGGAAGCUGUCUGCCAAAGGCAGGGUGGGGAGCGACGUCAGUUACAAACAAAACCCUCCUCCUCCGAGACAGUUUUAUCCUGGGCUUUACUGGAGUCAUCCCUCUAGUUCAGGUAUUUACCACCAUUGCUGCAGUUUUUCCUGUUAGUUCCAAAAGCAUUAAAGUUUUGUCUCCCUCUCCUUCAUCACUGAGACCCCACCCCACACUUCCUUCUCCUCCCUGACUGUCACUCUGUGUUCAACGAUGUUCAUUCUGUUGAAUGGUGGGCGGAGGGCAGGCUUCUCAAAGAUUCGGCUGGAGGGGCAGCACUCCAAGAACGUUCCCUAUGGAAAGGUCACAAGGGCAAAUCAGCCCAGAGUCCAGCUACCUGCCUUUGUGUCUGCAUGACCCUGUCUGUCUCCUUGCUCUUGUAUGUGAGGACCACCCUCUUCCUUGCUGGUCCUGCCGCCUCGUCCUGCCACCUGGUUGUGCUUUGUAUAUGGUUAUCCCUUGUACGUUAACACCAAUUAAAAGAAACGGGAAGGCUCUC